AUGGGGCAGUAUGGUGGACGGAGUGGCUCUGGAUGGCAGGACGGGUAUGCUGGCGAUGGAGGAGGGCGUGGAGGCAGAGGGGGAGGCUUCCACGAGGGAGGCAGAGGGGCAAAUUUCUAUGAGGGCGGCCCUAGUGGAACAGCCGGUGAUGGUCAUGGGGCAGGCCAGGGUGCUGAUCAAGGUAACAAUGUGUUCUCUGAUGGUGUUUUUCGAGCCGGGCCGGGUAGAUCAUAUGCUGGCGGGAACAACCGUAAUUUCCAAGGUUACAACAACCGGGCAGAUGCUCGGCGCCAAUUUGGGAACAAUGGUAACUUCCAUGCUCGAAGACCUGUUUCAAAUAAUAAUGCAAAUUUCGUGUCUGCCAAUGGGAGUGGUAGGUAUGCUGCCAAUGUCUCAGGUUUAACAGAAGUACAACAGAAAAUGGUGUCUGAUGCCGCGGAAGCUUUUGCUCGCCAAUUGGUUGGACGCCCAGAUUCCUCACAAACCGUGGCUACACAAUCAGUUGCUCACCAGCAGGUUAAUAAGGAUGGUCCUGCUCUAUCGGUGCCGCCGGUGGCGCGGCAACCUGGUAUUGCCAGGGCGCAACCUAUGCCGGGGUUGAUACAUAACAAUUCUAUUGGGCAAGGGCAAUUGCAGCAAGGGGCUCAGAGGGCGGAGGAGGUGCUUAUGGCAGUGGCAGGUUGCGUUUCGGGUGGGGAUUUUGAAAAUCUCACAGAGGCGGAGUUUGCUGCAGCAACUAAAAAGAAAGGGCCGAGUUGUUUUCGGUGCCGCAAAACGGGGCACUUCCUCAAUGAUUGUGAGGUGGUGCUAUGUGAGUGCUGCCAAAGACCGGAGCAUGCUUCUAAGGAUUGUCCACUACUCCGAGCUCCUAAACCUCGUCUUAAUAUGUAUGGUAUGGGUCACCCGGACCUUGCUUUUUGGGAAUUACCUCUGUCAGCUUCUGUUAGGCCAAGGGUGGAAAACACUAGGUUGGGCAGAGUAGAGGUGUCAGGUGGUGAGCUUUCUGUUGAGCAAUUGAUUAAUCAUCUACAGUGGAUUGUUCCUGACCCUCAGUACCAGUGGGAGGUAGAACAGAUGGAAGAGAAAGUGUUCAGAGUUAAUUUUCCGAGUAAAGUGGAGUUAGUCAGGGUUCAACACUUUGGAAGGUUUCAUGUCCCAGACUCCACCAUUGUACACUUAUUUGAUUUUUGGAAGAAGGAGAUUCAACCUGCAUGGGUUCAUGAGGAUGUGUGGGUAAGAGUGUAUGGACUACCACCGGUAGCUCUUGAUGAUUAUCUUGCUCUUUGGGCACUUGGUGAUGUUUUUGGCAAGACUAAGGAUAUUGAUAUUUCCUUCACAAGAAAAAAUAAUGUUUUGCGUAUGUUUAUAACUUGUCUUGAUACUACUCUUAUUCCUGCAUCAUGGGAUCUCAAGAUCAAGCAUGAGUUUUUUCGGCUGAGGUUUGAGGUAGAGGGGCAAUUUACCAAUAAUAAUGAUGUCACUAUGUCGGAGGUACAGGGAGAUGGGGGAGAUGAUGACUCCCACUCUCAUACUCAUGACAAAUCUGGAGGUACUGAGGUUGAUCAUACUGUUAAGAGGACUAAGAAUAGCAGCGAGAAAAAUGAUGAAAAAGAGAUUAAUUCUCAGCAGAAUUUAAAUGCUAAAUCAGUGGGUUUGCAAGUGUUCGAGAACGGUAAUGCAUGUGUUGGGGAUAAUGUGAUCAAAGUGGUGUCUCACUCUAAAAAUACACCUAGCAAUGUGGCGGAGGAGGCUGAAGAGUAUGCACAGAUUCCUCCUCUUGCUAGCCAGAAUCUUGCACCUGCGGAGUCACGUCAUUUGGUGUAUGGACCAAAUUCGCCGAGUUUUGGAGUCACGGCGCUGAAGCCGACGUCGAUCAUGCCAGGGCUGCAUGCUGUACGCACCCCGGGGCAUGCAGCGACGGGCGGGGCGGCUUGCGGCACGCUGUCGCCUGGACAGUCGCGCACGCCGUUGCCUGGCUUAGGGAAGACGUCGGUUCAGGGACGUGGAGUGCCUGUGUGCGGAGACACAGCAGCAACUCGGCCAGCUGUGCAUGGAAUUGACAAGCUCAUACACACGCCUGUACCUAAUCAAUCUGCUACGACGAUUAAGUCGACAGUGCAAGCUAAGGGUGACUAUGCUGCUGUACCGACUAUGGUUGGUAUGAUUAAAGAGGUGCCGAAGACCAAGCUGUAUACUAAAGAGCAAAUUGUUGCUUUUGGAGGGAUCCAGGAGGAGGCGAGCCGGGAUGUGCGGUCGAGUGGAAGACUGCGCACUCAGCCCAAUGCCGAUAUGACCCAAAUGGAGAGGGCGAUGAUGAUUGCAAAAAAACGUGCGGAGACGCCAGUGAUAGGUUAUCCGGCGGGCUGCUCAUUCAAUUCAGCAAUGGGUUUUACUCCUCCCAGUGAAACAGCGGGAGGCUAUGGUUAUUGGAUGCAACCGGAUGCUAGUGGUUGCUCAGGACUUCUUUUUCCAGGCUACUGGGUGGCGGCAUCUUAAUAGAAUAGCAAAUGCAUAGCUUCUCUAUUUGCCGUAUUUUCAGCUGGUUGAUUCAUGUAUCGACCUUAGCUUUUCCGUGAUUGUAAUAAGGGUUCUUGGAUAUACUAUGACUUGAUACUUUGUUUUUUUAAUAAAGCAAGCCGUGUGCAUCUAUUGAUGCAGAG